AUGGCCAAGGCAUUGGCAGCGGCUCUCACGGAUAACAUUUUGACGUGUAGCACCUGUCUGGAAGAGUAUCAGGACCCCCGUGUGCUGCCUUGCUACCAUACAUUUUGCCUUGCUUGCAUAUCUGACCAUGCCAAGGGAACUCUCACUACAAAGAGGACAUUUCAGUGCCCUGUUUGCCGAGAAGACGUCCAGUUUCCACCCGGUGGACUCUCUGAAUUAAAAAAGAAUUUUGCCUUUUGUAAGGCCAAGGACAUAAUAAACCAACAACAAACAGAAAGAGGGGCACCAGAAGCCGCUGCACAAUUGACCAACGGUUGUGAGAAACAUCCUGGUAAUGAACUGAAAUACUACUGUGAAGAUGAUGAUACCGUUGUUUGUGGUGAUUGUGCGUUAAACUAUCAUUACAGGCAUGCUAUUUUACCUGUAGGAACAGUUGCAAAAAUCAAUAGGGAAAAAAUCAAAACUGACCUUGUUAAAACCGUGGCAAAAAUUAACAUAUUCAAAGAAGCCGCCAGGGAAGCAGCCAAUGGAUUUGAGGACCCCGAUAUCAUGAUUGCCAUUAUCAACAGCAUUGAAAGACAAGCCCAUCAUGUAUGUAGAUUUAUUAAUACGAAAAAGGAUUCAUUGAUAUCAGACGUUAAGUCAGCCUAUGAUGCCAGGAAUGAGCAAUAUGAGGCAAUGAAGGACACCCUCGAACUUCACCAUGCCUCCUUGCAGAGUGCCUGUGACUUUGCCAAACAACUUGUCGCAAAUGGCACCGACUCUGAUAUCAUGGCACAUGGAAAGUCUCUCACAGAUAAACUGACAGCAUUGGAAAACAUACCAGUACUAACAACAGACACACCUGCGGAGGUAUCCUAUAGUCCUGGUGAAAUAUCUACUGCUGAACUGGAAGCCAUGUUAGGACAAGUGACAGUACACUCAAAACCCCCGUCAGCUGGACAGGAAACACAUCCAAGAUCAUCACCGAAUCUGCCUGUUUUCUUAGAGAAGGUAGAAUGUGUAUAUUCUUUUACUGCCAAACUUAAACAUGAUAAGAGAAAAGAUUUUAUGUGUUGGAACUUAGCCAUAGAUGAGGAAUGUAUAUAUGUCAUAUGUGUCAUAUAUAGUGAAAACGUCAAAACAAAAGUACGAGUAUUCACACAUGCAGGUCAGUUCAGGUUUGAAAUAAAGUUAAACAAAGCAAUUCAUGUGGCUGUGUCACAGACUGGUAAAAUGUAUGUAACAUCAGAGGGUGACAAACGAGUCAGAGUGUACUCCACCACUGGUAUACAUAUAACAACCAUGGGUCAGGGUCAACUGGAGAACCCAAGUUGUAUCGCACUGAACAGACAAGGUCAUGUGGUGGUAUGUGACGUGGAAAAAGAAAUCAUAUUCACAUUCCACGCAGACACUGGACAGCUCCUGAAUAUAAUACCACUCACUUUGCCUAAAUAUCCUUGUUACAUCACAGUGAAUAGCGUGAAUGAUAACAUUGUGAUAUCAGACUUGGACAACUGUGUCCAUGUGCUGUCACCUACUGGUGAUCAUCUGCAGCAGAAUAACGGUAGUGGUGAUGGUCAGUUGAAUGGAUCGUCGGGGUUAUGCACAGACAGCUAUGGUCAUAUCUUCAUUGCUGAUGGUCGUAACAAUAGGAUUGUAGCAAUGAGUCCACAAGGGCAGUUCAUCAAGUAUGUUGCCACUGAAGAUGAUGGAUUGGUAGGGCCAAGGGGAUUAGCUAUCAACCCUGCUGGUCUGCUGGUGGUGGCAGGGAUGGGGGGUAAAGUUAAGACAUUCAAGUACUUACAAUAG